AUGUCGCCAACAACAUGCAAGAGCAGGCGAAGCCGGUGUGACCUUUCGGCACCCCAUGCUGCGGGUAUAAAAGCUGCAGCGACACAGCAGGAUCCACAGCGAGCAGGUUUACAACCCCUCACAACCGCAAUGGCUUUCAUCCCUCGUUCUCUUGUCGCUCUCGCUCUGACUGCUCUCGCGGUGGCUCAGACCACCCUGACUGGGCAGUACUCGUGCUACACGGACGGAAACUACGAGCUCUGCAAUGACCAGUGGGGCAUCGACGAGGGCACCGGUAACCAGACGGCCACUUUCAUUGGCCUCGUUGAUGGCGGCGAUGCUGUAUCUUGGUCGACUACCUACACCUGGGCUGACAACGAGAACGACGUGAAGACCUAUGCCAACAUUUUGACUGUGAACGCCUACGGCCAGGCUCUGUCUGACAUCUCUGAGGCAACCACUGCUUGGUCCUGGUACUACGAGUCUCAGUCCAGUGGACUCCGUGCGGACGUUUCGUACGAUAUUUGGACUGGAACUAACGAUGCCACUGCCCCGCCCACGAGCACCACGGACUACGAGAUCAUGAUCUGGCUCUCCGGCCUUGGCGGUAUCCAACCUGUUGGUAGUUCCAUCGUCACCGGCAUCUCUCUCGAGGGCUACGACUGGGACCUCUGGUACGGCCCCAACUCGGGCUGGGACACCUACUCCUUCAUCCCGGCCACCUCUGGUGACAGCAUCACGGACUUCUCGGCUUCGCUGGUCCCCUUCUUCACUUACCUGAGCGACAACGGCUACGUUGCGGAGACUCAAGUGUUGCAAGCCGUGCAAACUGGUACAGAGGCGUUCACUGGAAGCGCUGAGCUCGUAACGAGCAGCUUCAGUCUCACGGUUACCUUCGAUUAG